UGAACUGAGCAAAAAUGGUAUGAACAAUACUUGAUACCUACUGUAAAAGUAAGCACUUUGUGUCAACAUGGAUACAGGACUUUACAGCUCUACUGGAUCUACUGAUGCUCAGCAGAAGUUGGCCAGCUUUUGGAAUACUGUCAAUGAGGAGAUAAAUACUGUUCAAGAUUUCAAGACACAGGAAUUGCCUCUGGCUAGAAUAAAGAAGAUAAUGAAGAUGGACGAAGAAGUUAAAAUGAUAAGUGCAGAAGCACCAGUGCUAUUUGCUAAAGCAGCCGAGAUAUUUAUCAACGAGUUAUCUCUGCGAGCCUGGAUACACACCGAGGACAACAAGAGGCGAACUUUACAGAGAAACGACAUAGCUAUGGCAGUGGCAAAGUAUGACCAGUUUGAUUUCCUGAUUGAUAUCGUCCCUCGGGAUGAACUAAAACCCCAAAAACGACAGGAAACCGUCCAGGAGACUGAAAUACGGACUCCAAAUGCGGAUCAAGUUCAGUAUUACUUCCAGCUGGCAAACCCAGCCACUUCAUCAGCAAACUCUACAACUAAUAUACAAACUGCCUCUAGUACUCAGCCACAACAGAUUACCAAUCAGCAGCCAACCCAGAACUCUCAGCCCAUAGUCAUUGGCAACCAAGCCAGCCUGAAUCUUUCUUCGAACAAUACCCUGCAAAUUCAGCCAACUCAAGUUAUGCAAACAGUUGGGCUGCAGCAGAAUGCCGGUAUUCAAGUUACACAGAACAACACUCUAACUCAAAACGCUGCCAGGCCGAAUACCAGCACAGCUGAGAGUAGCAACAGUCAGCAGCAACAGCAGCAGCUUUAUAACAUGACCACUCUGAGGUUCAACAGCCAGCUGCCGACUUACAAUAGACCCUCUUUGAAUUCGAACCAAUACUCUUACUCUGAACAACUGUCCUAUCUCCAACCACAGGUUUACAACUCUAAUCAGACUACCUACCAAGGCAACCAGCAGAACCGCUCAAACAACCAGGACUAAUAUCAUCGUAUGAACUCAUCAACAACACAUUUCCAAGAUAUCACCACGAUAGUAUGAUCACCUCGGUAGUUUGUACUUUGAGACGGCCCUGCAACGUGACUCGCUGAGGUGCCCUCUCAUCCGGGACUUCUAGUUCACAAUCCUGCAAAUGUUGCAACAUUGCUGCAUUUUGCAUAUAUCCUGCACACUUCCUGCACAUUCCUGCACACUUCCCUCUGCAGAUAUAGCUUGUACGGACUCUUACUUAAUUCUAUACGUGUAGAUAUGACACAAUAUGUUUGGGAUCAUGUCGGCUGCUGCUCUGCAGAGAUAGGGUUUUAUCCUUAUAGGGAUACGGGCUCCGUUACAACCAGUGAGUGGUGUUUCUGGGGUUGUAACAGUCCAUGAUACUUGGGAUCUUGUUGGGGUGACAUUGCAAUCAUUCUUAGGUGGACAGGAAGUUAGGAACCAUAAAACCAUAAAACGCGGAACUCUCCAAACCCUCCAAUCUCCACAAACCUCCCAUAUUUAAGACAUGUCGUACUAAACCUAAAUUGGUUCAUGACAACUGAGGUCUCCUGCAAAAUGUGAUUUAGGGCACUGUCCCACAUGUUACAGACAGGGUAAUUGCGCUCUACUGAAGCUCUCCUUCUCAUUAAACAUGAAAAUAUGAAAUAUAAUUAUCAAUAUGAGCGGCUACAGUGGGCAUGAGCAGGUCAGGAGUCUCAGUUAAAACCGUGUUUGUUCAGUGGAACUGAUAAUAAAAUGGUUAUCGGAUAAUUAUUUGUUUUCGCGAAGAUAAGUCUACCAUGGGUCUCAUUCUACAGAAAGCUGGGAUAAUUUGUAACAUUCUGGUGUCUGUCAAAAUAUGUUUUUAUUUGAAAAAUAUGGUUAUUGGACAAUGAAUUGUUGAGAUACCACCAUGGUUAACACUCCUAAAUAAUCCAACUUUAUCUUCAGAAAAUGCCGCGGUUUUUGGGGUUUAGGGCCUACUUAAAAAUAAUUGGUUUUUGAGCGACAGUGGGGUCUGUACCGCUUACCAGAGUUAUG